GGGGCGGGGCGGGGCGGGGCGGGCGCGGCGGCGGCGCGGAGCGGAGCGGGACGGGACGGGACGGGACGGGACGGGGCGGCCGGGACGGGACGGGACGGGACGGACGGACGGACGGGAGGCGCCAUGGGGCCGCGGGUGCCCGUCGCGCUGGGCGGCCUCCUGCUGCUCGCCGCCCUGCUCGCCCUGGGCCGCGGCGCCGCCGGCCGGCGCGAGACCUCCUUCCCCGAGGACACCGAGGCGGACCGCGUGGGCGGCCGGCGCGGGCGCCGCUACUACGCGCAGCUCUCCGACGACGAGGACCUGCUGGCCGAGGAGGCCUCGGGCGAUGGCAGCGGUGAGGACGGCAGCGGGACCGGCUCGCUCGACGGCGCGGAGACCCCCACCCUGGCCGUGCCCGGCCUCGGCUUGGCACCCACAGCGCCCGUGCCGGCGGGCAUGGCGGGGCCCGAGGCGGACGACGCCGGGCCGCUCAUCUAUUUCCGGGCGCUGGUGAACUUCACCCGCAGCAUCGACUACGGCCCGCGGCUGGAGGACGCCGCCUCCGAGGAGUUCCGGGAGGUGGCCGAGGCCGUGGUGGAUACGCUGGAGUCGGAGUACUACAAGAUCCCCGGCGAGCAGGUGGUCAGCGUGGUGUUCAUCAAGGAGGUGGCCGGCGCCGUCUUCGUGGAGCUGGACGUGGGCUCGGAGGGCAACGGCGACGAGGGGCAGAUCCGGGAGGUGCUGCGGGCCGUCGUCGCCGGCGGCUCCAUCGCCUCCUACGUCACCUCGGAGGAGGGCUUCCAGUUCCGCCGGCUCGGCACCGUGACGCCGCGGUGGCGCGCCUGCAGCGCCCUGGAGUUCGCCUGCGGCAGCGGCGAGUGCGUGGAGGCGGCGUACCGCUGCGACCGCCGGCCCGACUGCCGCGACGCCUCGGACGAGCAGGGCUGCGGCCCGCCGGACGCCGCCGCCCCGGCCACCGCGCCGCCGGCCACCACCGCCACCGCGCCGCCGGCCACCACCAGCACGGCGCGGCCGGCCACCAGCACGGCGCGGCCGGCCACCAGCGCGGCGCCGCGGCCGCCCGCCACCGGCCGCCCGGCGGGCACGGUACCGGUGCCGGCAUCGCGGUGCCGGCCCGGCGAGGUGGCGUGCGCCGACCGGCAGUGCGUGCCCCGCGACUACCUGUGCGACGGCGAGCGGGACUGCGCCGACGGCAGCGACGAGCUGGGCUGCGGCACGCCGACGCCGUGCGAGCCCAACGAGUUCAAGUGCCGCAACGGGCACUGCGCCCUCAAGCUCUGGCGCUGCGACGGCGACAACGACUGCGGCGACGGCUCGGACGAGAGCGACUGCCCCACCAAGGCGCCGGGGGACACGUGCGGGCCGGACCAGUUCACCUGCGUGGCCAGCCGCAGCUGCAUCCCCGCCAGCUACCAGUGCGACGAGGAGCCCGACUGCCCCGACCGCUCCGAUGAGGUCGGCUGCGUGCCCCCGCAGGUGGUGACGCCGCCGGCCGAGGCGGUGCAGGCGGUGCCGGGGCAGACGGUGCGCUUCACCUGCGCCGCCACCGGCGUGCCCACCCCCAUCAUCACCUGGCGCCUCAACUGGGGCCACAUCCCCGCCAGCCGCAGGGUGUCCAUCGUGAGCGAGAAGGGGCAGGGCACGCUGACCAUCCGCGACGUCAAGGAGGCCGACCAGGGCGCCUACACCUGCGAGGCCAUCAACGCCCGCGGCAUGGUCUUCGGCAUCCCCGACGGCGUGCUCACCGUGACGCCCGCCCGCGGGCCCUGCCCCGCCGGCCACUUCCACCUGCCCUCCGCCGCCCGCUGCCUGCCCUGCUUCUGCUUCGGCGUCACCGCCGCCUGCCGCGGCGCCGCCCGCCACCGCCACCGCCUCCACCUCCGCUUCGACCGCCCCGGCGACUUCAAGGGCGUGACGGUGACGGGCCCGGCGGGCGGCCCGGCGCCGGCGGCCCCGCAGCUGCGCGUGGAGCCGGACGCCGAGGAGUUCCAGCUGCUCGACCUCUCCCGGCGCUUCCUGGCCCGCGACGCCUUCUGGGCCCUGCCGGAGCCCUUCCUGGGCGACAAGACGGACGCCUACGGCGGGGCGCUGAGCUACGCCGUGCGCUACCGCCUGGGCCGCGGCCCGCCCGAGCCGGCGCGCCGCCCCGACGUGGUGCUGCUGGGCGCCGGCCGCAAGCUGCUGGCGCGGCCCCGCCACGAGCCCGCCCGGCCCGGCGUCCUCAACCAGCGCCGCGUGGCCUUCACCGAGGACGAGUGGGAGGACGAGACGGGCGCGGCGGUGAGCCGGGAGCAGCUGCUGCUGGUGCUGCAGGAGCUGCGGGCCGUGCUGGUGCAGGCGGUGUACGACGGGCGCCAGACCAGCGCCGGGCUCAGCGCCGUGGCCAUGGACGUCAGCGGUGCCGAGCCCGCCGGGCUGGGCCCGGCCGAGGCCGUCGAGGAGUGCAGGUGCCCGGCGGGCUACGCGGGGCUGUCGUGCCAGCGGUGCGCCGCCGGCUUCGAGCGCGUGCCGCACGGGCCCUACCUGGGCUCCUGCUCCGGGUGCAGCUGCCACGGCCACGCCAGCGCCUGCGACCCCGUCUUCGGGCACUGCCUGAGCUGCCAGCACAACACGGAGGGCCCGCGGUGCGAGAAGUGCCGGGCCGGCUUCUUCGGCGACGCCACGCAGGGCACGGCGGGGGCCUGCCGGCCCUGCCCCUGCCCCUACGCCGAGCCGGCGCGGCGCUUCUCCGAGUCCUGCUUCCUCGACACGGACGGGCAGGCCACCUGCGACGCCUGCGCCCCCGGCUACGCCGGCCGCCGCUGCGAGAGGUGCGCCCCGGGCUUCGAAGGUGACCCCAUCCAGCCAGGAGGGAAGUGCACCCCCAUCGGCCAGGAGAUCGUGAAGUGCGACGAGCGCGGCGGCCAGGACGCGGCGGGCGGCACGUGCCGCUGCAAGCCCAACGUGACGGGGCGGCUGUGCGACGAGUGCGCGGCGGGCGCCUUCCACCUGAGCCACGCCAACCCCGACGGCUGCCUCAAGUGCUUCUGCAUGGGCGUCUCGCGGCAGUGCGCCAGCUCCUCCUGGCACCGCGACCAGGUGCGCGCCGCCCCCGGGACGCCCUUCAGCCUGACCGACCUGGCCAACGCGCGGACGGUGAGCGACGGCGUGCGCUUCGCCGGCCCGCACGACGUGGUCUUCUCCGCCUUCCACGCGCUGCCCCGCGACGUCUACUUCUGGGUGCUGCCGCCGCGCUUCACCGGAGACAAGGUGACGUCGUACGGCGGGGAGCUGCGCUACACCGUGAGCCAGGAGGCCCCGGCGGGCGCCCGGCCGCUGCCGCGCCACCCCGACGUGCUGCUGCGCGGCAACGGCAUCGCCCUGGAGCACUUCGGCGCGGCCGCCCCGGCGCCCGGAGCCCCCGCCGCCGUCGUGGUGCCUUUCCGCGAGCACGCGUGGCGCCGGGCCGACGGGCGCGAGGCCACGCGGGAGCAUCUGCUGAUGGCGCUGGCCGACGUGGACCUGCUCAUGAUCCGCGCGUCCUACUGGGAGGAGCCCUCGGAGAGCAGGCUGGCCGACCUCCGCAUGGACGUGGCCGUGCCCCACGCCACGGGGCUGCGGCGGGCGCUGGAGGUGGAGGACUGCGCCUGCCCCGACGGCUACCGCGGCCCCUCGUGCCAGGACUGCGCCGCCGGCUUCACCCGCGCCGCCGGCGGGCUCUACCUGGGCACCUGCGAGCGCUGCCGGUGCCACGGGCACGCCGACGAGUGCCACCCCGACACCGGCGUCUGCCAGGACUGCCGGGACCACACCGAGGGCGCCCAGUGCGACAAGUGCCAGGCGGGCUACUACGGCGAUGCCACCCGCGGCACCCCCGCCGACUGCCAGCCCUGCCCCUGCCACGGGCCCCCCUCCGCCGCCCAGGAGACCAGGACGUGCUUCGCGGACGCCGACGGGCAGCCCACGUGCAGCGCCUGCGCCCCGGGCUACGCCGGGCGCCUCUGCGAGAGGUGCUCGCCCGGCUUCGCGGGGGACCCGCUGCAGGACCGGCCGUGCCGAGAGCCCGCCGAGCCGUGCCAGUGCGACCCGCGCGGCAGCCUCGGCGCCGAGUGCGACGCCGCCGGGCUGUGCCGCUGCAAGGCCAACGCCGAGGGGCCCCGCUGCUCCUCCUGCCGCCCCGGCCACUUCCACCUGAGCGCCGAGCACCGCGACGGCUGCCUGCCCUGCUUCUGCAUGGGCGUCGCCCAGCAGUGCGCCGCCGCCGCCGCCUCCCGCGCCCCGGUCAGCACCCCCUUCGCCCCCGGCGCCUUCCAGGGCUUCGCCCUGGUCAACCGGCAGCGCAGCGCCCGCGUGGCCACGGGCUUCGGCGUGGAGACGGGCGCCGAGGGCCCCCGGCUCACCUACGGCCGCUUCGGCCAGCUGGGCCGCAAGUCCUACUACUGGCAGCUGCCGCAGCUCUACCUGGGCGACAAGGUGGGCUCCUACGGCGGGCGGCUGCGCUACACCUUGGCCUACACCCCCGGGGGCCGGGGUGCCCCCCUGCCCGACGCCGACGUCCAGAUCACGGGCAACGACAUCACGCUGGUGGCCUACCAGCCCGAGCUGCCGCCGCGGGCGCCGCGGGCCUUCGAGGUCGUCUUUCGGGAGCAACACUGGCAGCGCCCGGACGGGCAGCCGGCCACGCGGGAGCAUCUCAUGAUGGCCCUGGCCGACCUGGAUGAAAUCCUCAUCCGCGCCACCUACUCCACCAACACGGCCUCGUCCAGCAUCGCCGGCGUCAGCAUGGAGACGGCCGUGCCGGCCGCCCCCGGCCUCCCGCCGGCGCCGGAGGUGGAGGAGUGCCGGUGCCCGCCGGGCUACCGCGGGCUGUCCUGCCAGGACUGCGCCCCCGGCUACACCCGCACCGGCGGCGGGCUCUACCUGGGCCACUGCGAGCUGUGCGAGUGCAACGGCCACUCGGAUGCCUGCCACCCCGAGACCGGCGCCUGCUCCGGCUGCCUGCACCACACGGCCGGCGACUCCUGCGAGCGCUGCUCGCCCGGCUUCUACGGCGACGCCACGGCCGGCACGCCCGAGGACUGCCAGCCCUGCGCCUGCCCCCUGCUCCACCCCGAGAACCAGUUCUCGCGGACGUGCGAGAGCCUGGGAGCCGGCGGGUACCGCUGCACCGCCUGCGAGCCCGGCUACGCCGGGCAGUACUGCGAGCAAUGCGCGCCCGGCUACGCGGGAGACCCCAACGUGCGGGGGCAGAGGUGCCUGCCCGUGGAGCGGAGCCCUCUCGCCGUGCGCGUCCACCCGCCGAGGACCACGGCGGCCCAGGGCAGCCCGGUGACCCUGCACUGCCAGGCCAGCGGCGACCCCCCCUUCUAUUACUACUGGUCGCGGGAAGACGGCCGGCCGCUGCCCGGCGGCGCCCAGAGCCGCCGCGAAGGCGAGGAGCUGCACUUCGCCAGCAUCCAGCCCUCCGAAGCCGGCGUCUACGUCUGCUCCUGCCGCAACCUGCGGCACAGCAACGCCAGCCGGGCCGAGGUCAUCGUCACCGAAGCCCCCAGCAAGCCCAUCACGGUGACGGUGGAGGAGAAGAGGGUGCAGCGGGUGAAGCCCGGGGCCGACGUCACCUUCAUCUGCACGGCCAAGAGCAAGUCGCCCGCCUACACGCUGGUGUGGACGCGCCAGAACCACGGGAAGCUGCCGAGCCGCGCCAUGGACUUCAACGGCAUCCUCACCAUCCGCAACGUGCAGCCCGAGGACGCCGGCGUCUACGUCUGCACCGGCUCCAACAUGCUCGACAUGGACGAGGGCACGGCCACGCUCUACGUCCAAGCCCCUUCCAAGACUCAGAUGUUUUACGGACCCGUCGAAUUUAUGGAAGGCCACAGACCCUCCAGCCCCGCCGCGGCCCCCAGCGCCACCGUGGAGCCGGCGCAGCUGAGCGUGGCGCCGGGCCAGCCCGCCGAGUUCCGCUGCGUGGCCACCGGCAGCCCCGCGCCCGCCGUCGAGUGGCUCGGCGGCGCGGGCGGCGCGCUGCCGCCGGGCGCCGUGGUGCGGGGCGGCAUCCUGCGCUUCCCGGCCGCCGAGCCCGCCGACGAGGCGCACUACCUGUGCCGCGCCCGCAACAGCGCCGGGCAGCACACGGCGCGGGCCGUCCUCCGCGUGCGAGGCGCCGGUGCCCCCCAGGUGCAGGUGAGCCCCGAGCGGGCCGAGGUGCACGAGGGCUCCACGGUGCGGCUCUACUGCCGCGUCUCCGGCUCGCCCGACGCCACCGUCGCCUGGGAGAAGCAGGGCGGCGCUUUGCCCCCGCAGUCCCGCUCGGAGCACACCGACAUCGCCACGCUGGUGAUCCCCUCCAUCGCCGCGGCCCACGGCGGCGUCUACCUCUGCGUCGGCACCAGCGCAGCCGGCACGGCCCGGGCCAAGAUCGACGUGGUGGUGGUGCCAGGCGCCGCGCCGCCCGUCCGCGUCGAGUCCCCGUCCCCGUCGGUCGCCGAGGGACAGACCCUGGACCUCGACUGCGUGGUGGCCGGCCAGGGCCAGGCCACGGUGACGUGGUACAAGCGCGGCGGGUCGCUGCCUGCCGGCCAUCAGGUAUCGGGCACCCGCCUGCGCAUCCCCCGCGUGACGGCGGCCGACUCGGGCGAGUACGUGUGCCGCGUGGCCUCCGCCGCCGACGCCGUGCAGGAGGCCUCCUUCUUCGUCACCGUCUACGCGCCGGGCGCCGCGUACCCCGCGGGCGGCGCGGCGCCGGUGCGGAUCGAGUCCCCCUCGUCGCCCGUCCUCGAGGGCCAGACCCUGGAGCUCAACUGCGACAUCGGCGAGGGCCAGACCUCGGUGAUGUGGUACAAGCGCAGCGGCUCGCUCCCGGCGCACCACCAGGUGUCGGGCUCCCGCCUGCGCAUCCCCCACGUCACGGCGGCCGACGCCGGCGAGUACGUGUGCCGGGUGAGCACCGGCGCCGCCGUCCGGGAGGCCUCCAUCGUCGUCACCGUCAAGGCCGGCUCCGGCUCCCCGCACGGGCCGGCGGCCCCGGGCGUCGCGCCGCCCAUCCGCAUCGAGGCGUCCUCGUCCGCCGUGGCCGAGGGACAGAGCCUGGAGCUCAACUGCGUCGUCGCCAGCCCCGCGCAGGCCACCGUGACGUGGUACAAGCGCGGCGGCUCCCUGCCGGCCAAGCACCAGGUGUCGGGCUCCCGGCUGCGGCUGCUGCAGGUGACGGCAGCCGACUCGGGCGAGUACGUGUGCCGGGUGAGCACCGAGGCGGCCACCAAGGAGGCCUCCGUCAUGGUGACCAUCCAGCCCAGCGGGGCCAUCUCCUACCCCGCCGGCGUCGCGCCGCCCGUGCGCAUCGAGUCCUCCUCCUCCUCGGUGGCCGAGGGACAGACCCUGGACCUCAACUGCGUGGUGGCCGGCCCGGGCCAGGCCACGGUGACGUGGUACAAGCGCGGCGGCUCCCUGCCGGCCAAGCACCAGGUGUCGGGCUCCCGGCUGCGGCUGCUGCAGGUGACGGCAGCCGACUCGGGCGAGUACGUGUGCCGGGUGAGCACCGGGGUGGCCACCAAGGAGGCCUCCGUCAUGGUGACCAUCCAGCCCAGCGGGGCCGUCACGCACCCCGCCGGCGUCGCACCGCCCGUGCGCAUCGAGUCCUCCUCGCCCGCCGUGGCCGAGGGACAGAGCCUGGAGCUCAACUGCGUCAUCGCCAGCCCCGCGCAGGCCACCGUGACGUGGUACAAGCGCGGCGGCUCCCUGCCGGCCAAGCACCAGGUGUCGGGCUCCCGGCUGCGGCUGCUGCAGGUGACAGCGGCCGACUCGGGCGAGUACGUGUGCCGGGUGAGCACCGAGGCGGCCACCAAGGAGGCCUCCGUCAUGGUGACCAUCCAGCCCAGCGGGGCCAUCUCCUACCCCGCCGGCGUCACGCCGCCCGUGCGCAUCGAGUCCUCCUCCUCCUCGGUGGCCGAGGGACAGACCCUGGACCUCAACUGCAUCGUGGCGGGCCGGGGCCAGGCCACGGUGACGUGGUACAAGCGCGGCGGCUCCCUGCCGGCCAAGCACCAGGUGUCGGGCACCCGCCUCCGCAUCCCCCAGGUGUCGGCGGCCGACUCGGGCGAGUACGUGUGCCGCGUCACCGCGGCCGGCGUCACGCAGGAGAGCUCCCUCCUCGUCACCAUCCAGAGCGGCGCCGGCUCCUCCUACGCCGUGGGCGUCACGCCGCCCGUGAGGAUCGAGACCUCGUCCGCCUCCGUGGCCGAGGGCCAGACCCUGGAGCUCAACUGCAUGGUGGCGGGGCAGGGACACCCCCACGUCACCUGGUAUCGGCGCGGGGCGGCUCUGUCCCCCAACAGCCAGGUCUCCGGCUCCCGCCUGCGCCUCGUCCAGGUGUCGGUGGCCGACUCGGGCGAGUACGUGUGCCGCGUCAGCUCGGGGACCGCCACACAGGAGGCCUCGGUCGUUGUCACCGUGCCCGGCAGCGCCGGCACCUACUACUCCCCGGGCGCCCCACAGCCCGUGCGCAUCGAGUCCUCGUCCUCCUCCAUCGCCGAGGGACAGACCCUGGACCUCAACUGCGUGGUGGCCGGCCCGGGCCAGGCCACGGUGACGUGGUACAAGCGCGGGGGGCCUCUGCCCGCCGGCCACCAGGUGUCGGGCACCCGCCUGCGCAUCCCCCAGGUGUCGGCGGCCGACUCGGGCGAGUACGUGUGCCGCGUCACCGCGGCCGGCGUCACGCAGGAGAGCUCCCUCGUGGUCACCAUCGAUGACGGUGCCGCCUACCCAUCCAGUGUCGCGCCGCCCGUGCGCAUCGAGUCCUCGGCGUCCUCGGUCACCGAGGGACAGACCCUGGACCUCAACUGCGUGGUGGCCGGCCAGGGCCAGGCCACGGUGACGUGGUACAAGCGUGGCGGCUCCCUGCCGGCCAAGCACCAGCUCUCGGGGUCCCGCCUGCGGCUCUCGCAGCUCUCCGUGGCCGACUCGGGCGAGUACGUGUGCCGCGUGGGCUCGGGCAGCAGCACCCGCGAGGCCACCAUCGCCGUCACCGUCUCCUCCCGCGAUGGCUCCAGCUACCGCCUGCAGAGCCCCAUCAUCUCCAUCGACCCGCACAGCAUGGCCGUGGCCCAGGGCGAGGACGCCACCUUCAAGUGCCGCAUCCACGAUGGCGCCCGGCCCAUCAACGUCACCUGGCGCAUGGGGCCCGGCCAGCACCUCCAAGACAACGUCAAGAUCAGCCCCAACGGCUCGGUGAUCUCCAUCGCUGGCGCCCACGCCGGCAACCAGGGCGCCUACCACUGCGUGGCCUCCAACCGCUUCGGCAUCGCCAGCAGCGUGGUCAACCUCCUGGUGCAAGGCGCGCCCACGGUCUCGGUGAUGCCGCCGGGUCCCGUGACGGUGAAGGAGGGCAAGUCCAUCAGCCUGGAGUGCCUGGGCCGGGGCGAGCCGCGGCCGCUGGUGCGCUGGAGCCGGGCGGGCUCGCGGCAGAAGGUGGAGCACCAGACGCUGCUGCACAUGGACAGCCAGGCCGUGCUGCAGCUGGCGCCGGCGAAGGCCGAGCACGCCGGCACCUACGUGUGCACGGCGCACAACGCCCUGGGCUCGGCGCAGGCCCAGGUGGCCGUGAGCGUGGAGACGGCGCAGAGGACCCCCGGCGCCCCCGAGGUGGUCGUGUCGCCCGCCGUCACCGUGGUGGCCGGGGACACCGCCACGCUGAGCUGCUCCGCGACAGGCGAGCCGGCGCCCACCGUCGAGUGGUCGAAGCUGCGGGCGCCGCUGCCCUGGCAGCACCGGGUGCUCAACGGCACGCUGGUCAUCCCCCGCGCGGCCCAGCAGGACUCGGGCCAGUACAUCUGCAACGCCAGCAACGCCGCCGGCUUCGCCGAGGCCUUCGUCACCCUCGACGUGGAGACGCCGCCGUACGCCACGGUCCUGCCGGAGGAGAGCGCGGCGCGGGCGGGCGAGACGCUGCAGCUGCAGUGCCUGGCGCACGGCACGCCGCCGCUGCGCUACCACUGGGCCAAGGUGAACGGCAGCCUGCCGGCGCGGGCCGCCCGCCGCGACGGCCUCCUGCGCCUCGGCCCCGCGCUGCCCGACGACGCCGGCACCUACCGCUGCCUCGUCUCCAACCGCGUGGGCGCCGCCGAGGCCUUCGCCCGCGUCGCCGUCCACGGCGAGCACCCAGGUGACGGCGCCGGCCCGGUGCCCGCCGGCCCGCCCACGGUGCGGGUGACCCCCCAGAGCCUCGUCAGGGGGGUGGGCGGCACGGCCGAGUUCGCCUGCGCCGUCGACGGAGACCCCCGGGCGCGCGUCGAGUGGCUCAAGGACGGCGGCGAGCUGCCCCCCGGCAGCAGCGUGCGGGACGGCGUGCUGCGCAUCAGUGACCUGGACCGCAAGAGCCAGGGCACCUACACGUGCCGGGCCAGCAGCCCGGGCGGGCAGGCCGAGGGCAGCGCCACGCUCGCCAUCCAGGCUCUGCCCAGGGCGCUGAUCAACAUCCGGACGGCGGUGCAGACGGUGCUGGCGGGCACGGCGGUGGAGCUGGAGUGCCUGGGGCUGGGCGAGCCCAAGCCCCACGUCACCUGGAGCAAGGUGGGCGGCCGCAUCCGCCCCGGCGUGCUGGUGAGCGCCGGCACGCUGCGGAUCGAGCGGGUGGAGCGGAGCGACGCCGGGCAGUACCGCUGCACCGCCGCCAACGCCGUGGGCGCCGUGCAGUCCCACGUCAUCCUCCACGUGCAGGCCGCCCCCCAGAUCGCCGGGCAGCCGGAGGUCAAGGAGGUCUCGGUGGGCUCGGCGGCCGUCUUCCCCUGCCUGGCGUCCGGCUUCCCCGUCCCGGAGGUGAAAUGGAGCAAACUGGAGGGAGAGCUGCCCGAGGCCGCCCGGGUGGAGGGCACCGUGCUCACCUUGCCGGCCGUGCGCCCCGAGGACGCCGGCGUCUACGUGUGCGCCGCCUCCAACCGCCAAGGCCAGGAGACCGCUUUCUCCGUGCUCCGGGUCCGAGAGCGCCUGGUGCCCUACUUCACGCAGACGCCGCGCUCCUUCCUGCCGCUGCCCACCAUCAAGGACGCCUACAAGAAGUUCGAGAUCCAGAUCACCUUCCGGCCCGACGUCGCCGACGGGAUGCUGCUGUACAACGGGCAGAGGAAGAGCAGCGGCGCCGACUUCGUCUCCUUCGGGCUCGUCGGCGGCCGCCCCGAGUUCAGGUUCGACGCCGGCUCGGGCAUGGCCACCAUCCGGCACCCGACGCCGCUGCGCCUGGGCGAGUACCACACCGUCCGCCUCUUCCGCAACCUCACCCAGGGCUCGCUGGCCCUCGACGGCUUCCCGCCCGUCAACGGCACCUCGCAGGGCAAGUUUCAGGGGCUGGACCUCAACGAGGAGCUCUACCUGGGCGGCUACCCCGACUACGGCGCCGUCGCCAAGACCGGCCUCCGCGGCGGCUUCGUGGGCUGCGUGCGCCAGCUCCUCAUCCAGGGCGAGGAGGUGGUCUUCGGCGAGCCCCAGCUGCGGGCGCACGGCGUCGCCGACUGCCCCACGUGCCGGGACCGGCCGUGCCAGAACGGCGGCGUGUGCGAGGACACCGAGAGCAGCGCCUACGUGUGCCGCUGCCCCCCCGGCUUCACCGGCAGCAACUGCGAGUACUCCCAGGCCCUGCACUGCCACCCGGAGGCCUGCGGGCCCGAUGCCACCUGCGUCAACCGGCCCGACGGGCAGGGCUACACGUGCCGCUGCCACCUGGGCAAGUCGGGAGAGAAGUGCAUGGACGGUGAGGCCGUGAGCGCCCCGUCCUUCGACGGGGAGGGCGCCUUCAUCUCCUACCCGCCGCUGACCAACAUCCACCACGAGCUGCGGGUGGACGCCGAGUUCAAGCCGCUGGCGCCCGACGGGCUGCUGCUCUUCAGCGGGGGCAAGGCCGCCCCCGUGGAGGACUUCGUGGCCCUCGCCAUGGCCGACGGGCACCUCGAGUUUCGCUACGAGCUGGGCUCAGGCCCGGCGGUGCUGCGGAGCCCGGAGCCGCUGGCGCUGGGGCGCUGGCACCGCGUCUCGGCCGAGCGGCUGCACAAGGACGGCACGCUGGUGGUGGACGGCGGCCCGCCGGUGAAGCGCUCCUCGCCGGGCAAGAGCCAGGGCCUCAACCUGCGCACGCCGCUCUACCUGGGCGGCGUGGAGCCCUCGCUGCGCCUGCCCGGCCCCGCCAACGUCAGCGCCGCCUUCCGCGGCUGCAUCGGCGAGGUGUCGGUCAACGGGAAGAAGGUGGACGUGUCCUACAGCUUCCUGCAGAGCCGCGGCGUCGCGCAGUGCCGGGAGAGCUCGCCCUGCGAGCGGGCGCCGUGCCGGCACGGGGGCCGCUGCGUGCCCGCCGCCGCCGGUGCCUUCCGCUGCCUCUGCCGCGACGGCUUCAGCGGGCCGCGCUGCGAGCUGGCCGACGACCGCUGCCUGCUCGGCAACCCCUGCCUGCACGGCGGCACCUGCAAAGCCAACGCCUGCCUCUGCGCCGAGGGCUUCGCCGGCGCCUUCUGCCAGCACGGCCCGGCGCUGGCGGAGCUGGACAGCGACUGGGCGCCCGAAGGCAGCGGCGGCAACGGUAGGGCGGCGGGUCCCCGGCGGGCGCCCGGCGUCCCGGCGCCCCGGCUCAGCCGUCUCCCCUCCGCAGACGCCCCCGGGCAGUUCGGCGCUUCCUUCCGCGACGGCGGCUACCUGGCCCUGCCCGGCCACCUCUUCGCCCGCGGCGCCCCCGGAGCGCCCGAGACCGUCGCGCUGGAGGUGCGGACCGGCAGCGCCGACGGCGUGCUGCUGUGGCACGGCGCGGAGCCCGGCGACGGCGGCAAAGCCAAGGACUUCAUCGGCCUCGGCCUGAGGGACGGGCACCUGGUGUUCAGCUACCAGCUGGGCAGCGGCGAGGCCACCAUCGUCUCCGAAGACCCCGUCAACGACGGCGAGUGGCACCGGGUGACGGCCACCAGGGAGGGACGGCGCGGGUGGCUGCAGGUGGACGGUGAGGAGCCCGUGUACGGGGAGUCGCCAGGCACCAACAUCAUGGCCAACACCGAGGGCAACAUCUACCUCGGCGGCGCCCCGGACCCCAGGAGCCUCACGGCCGGCAAGUUCGUCUCAGGAAUCACUGGGUGCCUCCGGGGCCUGGUGCUGGCACCCCUGGGCACCCCCGCGCACCCCAUCGACCUGCGGCACCGGGCGGCGGGCGGCACCGCGGUCCCCGAGUGCCCCUCGUAGCCCCCCGCCCCCCGCACCGCCCUCCUGCUGCAGCGCCCACGAUUUUGGGGGGGUUUUCCUGUUUUUCGGGUUUUUUUAUUUUUAUGUUUUUUUGCAAAAAGCCAAGAGGACAAACGGUGCUCGGCCGCCACCGGGGCGCUUUGCCGCCCGGGGGGGCCCCGCCAAAUGUUUACACUGCCCUGACCCGUGCCGGCGCGGCCGGGUGCCUCCUGGGGUGGCCCCGGGGUGUUGUUUGGGGGGGGCGCCCCCUCCCCGCGGCGCGCUGUUCGCGGGGACGCCUAUUAAAGGAGAGAGAAGGA